AUGGGAAGUGGAGUGAUCAGAAAAUUAUCUGAAGGAUCAACCCGUGCUCAUUCCUGGAACCAAAACAGAACCACUUCAAUUCACUUCCCUUUAGGUCCCACUUUUUAUUUUCUGUUUCUUGAAUCAAAUGAGCAUCAGCAUGUGCAUUCUUCGAGUUCACUGCAUUUGGCAUAUUCCUCUGCCAUCUCCUUUGGAUUUGUUGCAUGGGGUUAUCAGGCAAUUCACCCUCCUCCUCCAAAGUUAUGUGGCUCUCCCAGUGGUCCCCCUAUAACAGCACCCAGAAUCAAACUAAAAGAUGGAAGGAAUUUAGCAUACAAAGAGCAUGGUGAUGUUGCUGAGGACUUAGGGGUCUACAUUGUAUCUUUUGAUAGACCAGGGUAUGGGGAAAGUGAUUCUCAUCCAAAUCCGACAGUGAAGAGUCUGGCACUAGAUAUAGAAGAAGUUGCGGAUAAAUUGGGAUUGGGGUCCAAAUUCUACGUAAUAGGUUUCUCCCUUGUGGGCCAGCUUGUUUGGAGGUGCCUUAAGUACAUACCUCACAGGUAUGAAGCAUUCAGGUUGGCAGGUGCAGUGCUAAUAGCCCCAGUUGUGAACUACUGGUGGGAUGGUCUUCCUGAAAACUUAACAAGUGAAGUCUUCCACCAACAAAAACUACAAGACCAGUGGACACUCGUGUUUAUAGAUCCUCUUUUGGCUAAGAGGAAAGAUCGAAAGAAUCAUGUGAGCCGUGGAGUAGACUUAUCUGAUACAUGGGUCAGACCUUGCUUAACUAUGUCCUGUCAAGAAGAAAAAGAAAUGGUGGUUGAGGAGGGUGAGAUGAACUCCCAAGGGGAGGCGGAAUCUAGAUUCCAACAAGAUGCCAACAAGAACCACAAUUCUCCAUUCUCACCAUCAUCCAUUGGAAGACAAACAUCAAUAUACUCCCUCACACUGGACGAGUUCCAGCACAGUCUAUGUGAGACUGGCAAGAACUUCGGCUCCAUGAACAUGGACGAGUUUAUCAGCAGCAUUUGGAACGCUGAAGAGAACCAAGCCAUAAUAACCUCCUCCAACGUCCCUAUUUCCCAACCCUUCAUAGACAGAGACACGAUAACAACAACAAUAAGGAAACAACCAAGCCUACCUCGGCAACCCUCACUGUCUCUCCCUGCCCCUCUCUGCAGGAAAACCGUGGACGAAGUUUGGUCCCAGAUUCAGAAAGAACAACACAAUAAUAACAACAACAACAACAAUGUUAUGAACAAUACCGAGUCUGCCCCUCGCCAACCCACUUUUGGUGAGAUGACUUUGGAGGACUUUCUGGUCAAGGCUGGGGUGGUUCGGGAGCCACCAUGUGCACCACCACCGUUGCCUCAUCACUCUCACCACCUCCAGCAGCAGCCGCAGCAUUACACGAACAACAACGGUGCAAUGCCCGGAAUGGGUUCUUCUUUUGUAGGUAGGAAUGUUAUUGGUGCAGUGAGUAACGUGGUUGCACCGGGUUACCACGUGGCGGAGGCUUCUGGUGGGUAUGCUGGAAAUGGUAAGAGGGAUGGUGGUGGGGGGUUUCAUCAGCAAGGAGUUUGCUUUGGAGGGAGUGGGUAUGGGGUGGGUCCCACCAUGGGAAUGGGUGGGCCUGUGAGUCCAGCUAAUUCUUCUGAUGGGAUAGGUAAUGAUUGUGGGCAGUUUGGGCUUGAGAUGAGUGGUUUGAGAGGUAGAAAGAGGAUGGGUGAUGGCCCUGUGGAAAAGGUGGUGGAGAGGAGGCAGAGGAGGAUGAUCAAGAAUAGAGAGUCAGCUGCCAGAUCUAGAGCCAGGAAACAGAACCUUAUACGGUUUUUGCCUUGGCAGGCAUACACAGUUGAAUUAGAAGCGGAACUAAACCAAUUAAAAGAAGAGAACGCCCAACUGAGACAAGCGCUGGCCGAGAUCGAGAGGAAAAGAAAGGAACAGAGUUCAAACCAACGCUCAGAAAGUGAAAGAGAAGCUGAGAGCUUUGAGAAGGAACAUGAGUUCUCCUUGGUGAAGAAACUGCAUAUGGUGACCAGAGAAGUCCUUGAAAUUUUGAACGCACCGGAGAUUGUUGACUUGUAUGACUAA